GUUUACGUGAAAGCGGCUGUCUCCUGCGCGGAGACGGAGAGCCGGAGAGCGAUCAUCUUUUGUUGUGGGACGUCGUGUACAAUGUUGGAACUUGAAGUAAUGCCGGAGAGGGCGCUGGCCUCAUCACAGUGGGAGCUCGUACUCGGAAUGCCACUGUCUCAGGUGCUGGAGGUCCUGCAGUUGCACAGUGGCGCCGUACAGACAGCUCUCCUGACGUACAGCGACCAGAAACCGUUUGAACAAGACCUCUCAGUGGACCUGAAUCAGGACGGAGUUCGACUGUACUUUGACCCCCGCAGCCAGAGACUAAAGUUGAUUGAGGUGUAUGACGUGACAAAGGUGAAGAUGAAAUAUUGUAACAGGUUCUUCUGUUCAUCCGAGAUAACUCCAACAGUGGACCUCAUCAAUGACUGCUUUGGACCUACACACCCUGGAGAGAUGGACAAGGGCCACAACUACUACUUGCUCCACUUCAGAGGCAUUCUCUUUGCCUUUCCUCUGUGGACCGCUCAGAGUGGGUACCCAUCUCCGGAGCUGGGGGAGCUGCUGGAGGCUGACUCCUAUGGCUCUCUAGUCCUCUCCCGCCUCUGUCUCUUCAGUGGCAACAUCACUGACCCUGCCGAGGCCAGAGCUCCGGUGAUGCCGUUGGAGUGUUUCCACGGCAAUGGUUACAGUGAGAGUGUGGAGGUGGUGAGGAGUGAGGACGGGAAGAUCAAAGGACUUCAACUAAAGUUUAUUAUGGAUGAGCCGCGGUCCGGCGGGGUGGGAGGUGAGGGGCGACUGAAGGGACUGGAGAGACGUGUCAUGUUUGGAGACACUCCUCAAGACGUGUGCAGCAGUCUCGGAGCUCCCAGCAAGGUCUUCUUCAAGGCCGAGGACAAGAUGAGGAUCCAUUCGUCAGGCUCUCAUAAACUGCCCACUUCCAAAUGCUCCGACUACUUCUUCAACUAUUUCACUCUCGGUCUGGAUGUUCUGUUUGACUGUGCCACUCACAGAGUAAGGAAGAUGGUCAUGCACAACAAUGUUCCUGGUCACUACAACUUCAACAUUUACAAUAGGUGCGAGUUCAUAGUAAAGUUUCCACCCAGCCAGCAACUAUGUAGAGAUUCAUCUUCAUCAGAAGUAGUCGUCACUUCUUCGACAAAGUGGAGUGAGAUCCAGGACUAUCUGACCGAGCCAUCAGACAAACCCGUCGUCCUCAACAGGUCUUCCUCCACUAACAGCAUUAACCCCUUUGGCUCCACAUUCUGCUACGGUCAUCAAAACAUCAUAUUCGAGGUGAUGCGAAACCAGCACAUUGCAUCAAUAACCAUUUACAGUCUAGCGACCUGAUACUGACUUAGCAUAAAUACACUAUAAUGGCACACGACACACACAAAUAAUGAAGUGUAGACAGACAUGAACAUAUCUCCUGAUGAGCAGUAAUCAGUGUGUGUGGUGGUGGUGGUGGCUGGCUAGCGGUAGAGAUGGUCUGCCUGUAUGUUAGUGGCAAUCUCUUUCUCCCACUUGUCUCCAUUGCUGAGCAGUUUCUCCUUGUUGUAGAGUAGCUCCUCGUGCGUCUCUGUCGAAAACUCAAAGUUUGGACCCUCAACGAUGGCGUCGACCGGACAGGCCUCCUGACAGAAGCCGCAGUAGAUACACUUGGUCAUGUCGAUGUCGUAUCUCGUGGUCCUCCUGCUACCGUCCGCCCUCGUCUCCGCCUCUAUCGUGAUGGCCUGAGCGGGGCAGACAGCCUCACACAGCUUGCAGGCAAUGCACCUCUCCUCUCCAUUAGGGUAGCGACGUAAGACGUGUUCCCCCCUGAACCGAGGACUCAAAGGACCUUUCUCGAAUGGGUACAUCAGGGUCACUGGCUCUCGGAAGAACGCCGACAGUGUCACUGCGAGACCUCUGAUCAUCUCGGUGAGAAAAAGGGUUGUUGCAUUUCUGUCGUUCACUGAGCGGGCAUCAAAUGGAGUGUCCUCCACAUCUUUUGUCACAUACUCUGUGCCCCAACAGAGACACAACUGAUUUAUCCUCAAACACCAGAACCUCAAGUAGCCUCUGUGUAAGAGUGGUGUUACACUUACUGUAGCUGGACGAGUGUCUAACUGCGACGCAUGCCUGUGGCGCUUCUCUCAGCCAGAGGUGCGCUUUAGAGCUCGGCUUUGCGCUCCAGACUCUUAGCAAGUUCCUC